UCUCUUUCGCACAAACAACAACUUUUCUUCUUCUUUCUCUCUCCUCUCUCCACUCUCUCUCUCUCAUUGCGAAGAUGAUAGAUUCUACCUUGGAGUUCGUCAACAAAACCACUUCCAAUUCUUUAUUCAUGUUUCUCUUCUGCAACGUGAUCAUCAUCUUAAUCCUCAUGGGAAACUCUAAACCGGGUUCAGAAGACAAGCUCGGUUCGAAGGAACCCAUGCUGGUAUCUGAAUCGGUUCUCUCUUCCAAGUCCAUGUUGUUAUCUGAGUCGAGGACCCUCAACUCAAAGGCCGAUUUUAAGAAACCCGUGCUGAUACCUGAAUCGGUUCUGUCCUCCAAACCCGUGCUAGUGUCUGAAUCGGUUCUCUCUUCCAAACCCGGUUUGGAGAAACCAGAGUUAAUAUCUGAUUCUACUCUCCCGUUAAAUCCCGGUUUACAAGAACCGGGAACGAUAUCAAAGUCGGUUCGCUCCUCCAAACCUGUGGGUUCUGAUCAAUCGUUGACUUCUAAAUCCGGUUUGAAUGUAAUAUCUUCGGGGUUGAAACUCGGUUCAGACUGUUUAGAGAAGGAUGACGAGAGAGGGAGAAUGAGAAAGAAAGAGAGCUUGGAAGUAGAGAAUGAGAGCCUGGAAGUGGAGUGUGUGCUUAGAAGACGAGCUGAAGAAUUUAUCCGUAAAGUUAAUACUCAAUGGAAAUUAGAGAAUACUUGUCUCCGAUACUAAUCAGAGUUUUGUUUGUAAUUAUCGAAAUGCUCUUUUUCAAAAACAAAAUGUUUUUAUGGAAAUACUUUUUUAAAAACAACUAAAUUUAGAUAUGUGUUUCAACCGCACAGAUUUUUUUUUGAAUUGUAUACAAAAUUUGUGAAUUAAUGUUUUGAAAUUGUUAUAAAUUAUUACGUUAUAAAAUCA